GUGUGGGAAAAAGUGUUGGACCACAGUCAGUCUGUAACGGUCAUUCGACGGUGUCGGAACGUAUCGGAACGCGUUGGUUCGAAACAGAGUGCAGUUAACGGAUUUCUUUUCCUCUUCUCUUUUCUUCUACAUCUAAAGUCCUGUAUCCUUCCGUAUCCUAUCACUCGUCUAGUGUUUUUCCAUGCUUCAACAACGGACACCCUUUUCAUGUGUGUAUGUGUUUUUUUUCUAAAUGGAAAAGAGUGUAGUUAACUAAAUUAAUUUUCUAAUCUACGGGAAAAAGUGAAAAGCUAACACGAAACAUAAAACCAAACCAUCAGCUUCGCAAAGGAAAACGGUUACCAGAUCGGUUUCCGGGAUUUGGACCGGUUUCCGAUAAGCGAAACUAACUCCCGUCACGGAUAAAAAAAGGGCGAAGAAAUACGGCAACAAACCAAAAAGGAACACAAUUUGGUACAACUAACACCGACGCCAACGUGUCUCCUGCAAGCAAGUGUACCGGAAAUAGCCGGAGCCAACGUUUGUGAUUUUCUUUUUGCAGACGCGUGGUCCGGACGACCUAAGACACACCGGCAAAAUGAACAAAUUCUAUUCGAUUUUUAUGCAAAUUUGUGUGAUCGCCGCAUCGAUGCAGACUGGACUUAGCAUCAAAUGCUACAACUGUGACUCAACCAGCAACGAGGAGUGUAUGGAUCUGAAGCGAAACUCUGCUAUCGUCGCUGAGACGUGUACGCCGAGUAAAAUGGCUGCCACGACCGGGAACUGGUUGGCAGAUUUGACACGCAUCGAGUACUUUGGCGGUACGGAAAUUACGGUACCGAUGGUGUGCCAGAAAAUUGUUGCUUCUAAUGAAAAUGGCGAUACGAUGACGUACCGUGGCUGUCAACUGGAUGGCGGUAAAACCGAUCCCUGCCAGAUCGCGUACGGCAAGGCGAAGCUACAGCGUGGCGUCAAGAUCGAGUCCUGUUCCAUCUGCAAGGAUGACGCCUGUAACGGAGGUCCACCCCGGUUGGGAGGACGUCCAGCAGUUUGGCUUCUGGUCGGAAGCGUUCUUGCACUGUUCUUCGGAUACCCGUCCCGACGACUGUUUCUGUAAAACGUACUCUUCAGCAAAAAAAAAAUUCAACACCGACACACCGUGCGUGUUGCAUAGAACAACGUAUCGGGCGUAGAUUUGUCACCUACAGCUAAUCUGUACAUAACAAUUGAUUGAUUGAUAAAAAUCAACCGGCAUUUAUGCACACGUGGAAUCUGCUAACUCUCAAUGCAAACUUCGUCAACGUGACGACUGACGAGACAUCACAACUCUUUACGACUCACAGAAAUCUUGCGUACGAAGUGAAACGUUUAUCGUCUAAAUAAUCUAUAACAAUACCGAAGCAACUAAAAAUAGGUUCCCCUCAUCCCACAGCUUUAACCGGCCAACCAAAAUUAAUAGCUCUCCUGCAAUCAUCCUAUGCCUUAAGCUAUUUCUGACUCACAACAAUUCUGCGGCUCCACAUUGUGGCGGACGGGGUAAUGGUAGACGGUGGCGCAAAAAUCGCUUAUUAUGAUAACGGACCUGAGUCACGGGUGUGUUUGCAGUGUAUUAUGAUCGAUUUUGGGUUUUGUGUUUCUUCUUUUCGGAAGACAACGCUAGUGAUUGAGUAGAUAAAAUCAACGAACAACGCAGCUACCGGCAAAGCAAUGGAUAGAUGAUAAAACAAAACAAAAAUAAGAAAAAAACACGAUAGCAUGAAAUUAAAUUGAAUAGCACAAGGCAAAAAAAAGUCUAACAGGCACUUAGUUUUAGUGAUAAGAACUAUAGAAACACACACACCUUUGUCGAUAGGGAAAUAAGAAACUAAGCUAAGCAACGAUCUAAAUGCCGAUAGAGAUUAAUUUAAAGCUACAUUACUGUUAACGAAGAACAUGAACACUUUCUAAUGAAGAGAAACUAGCUAUUGGAAUACAGCCCCAAGAUCAAAUUCACGCAUAUGCCUUCAUUCGAUUAAAAAAAAAAAACAAAUAAAAACGCAAAAACUUGCUGGGAAGCAUAAGUUAAGAUUGUCAUACAUUUGAAUAACUAUAAGUAACUACUCAAAUCAAAAUAGAUAAAUCACUCAUCUGCACCACCGCGUAGAAGGAUGCUACAAAGCGACGGUUGGUGAUCGUACAGUUGUAGAAGGAACGAACAGGAACUUUGUAGCAAAUAAAUGUGCUUCUAAAGCAUGUCGCUUUCUGCACGAUGAAAAGGCAUCUUCUUUCGUUGGCACUAACCACCGUUUUUGGGGAACUCUUACAGUUCUGGAUCAACACUUUGAAUCAAUCUCUUAGAAAUAAUGUAACGUACCACCAUAAGGACGCGUCGUGGAUGAGAAAAGAAUUUAAAACCAUCUGCAGACAUUCGCUGCAUUUUUUUGUUUGUUGUUUGGCACAAUAAAUAUUAAAUAGACAUUAGAGUAAGUAAGAGCCUCUGUAGAACGAAGGAGGUGUGGUAGUGUUUAACUGUCGUUAUUCACCAAACAGUGGUAAAGCACGAUAAUGAUACUUGAAUAGUAGUAGUAACCGUUGCGUACUAAUGGUGUGUAACGGUCUCACCAACACACCACACGAUAAGUGUCAUCUCUUUGUAACAGCAAGCAAGUCGAAAAAAUGAAUCAUAAACGAAUUUAGUUAAUAAUGUAACGAUCAGCUUGGUAUAAUGAUCAUACUUUUUACAUUUCGAUUAGUGAUGUUUUGCUUAUCGAAAAUAAAGGUAUUAUUUUCAAAAUUAAAAUUCCUCAAACAUCCAAUGCACAAACAUCGUUAGUGUACAUAAACGUGUUUUUAUCAAACUUUGUUAAACCAUCCAUGUUGUUGGCGUAUAAAUAUGUGCCCUCUUUUUUAACUAAAACUUAUAAAUACUCAACCGGCCGUAGAUCUAAUCCGAUUGGAAAGUAGUUUUUUUUCUAUUGUAAUCAAAAUUUAGACGCUAUCAAACAACACGCAAUACUAGAGAGCAUCAGCAAAUAAAGUUAGCAACACCCAGUAACGCAAAAAAGAAAAGGGGAUGAAGCAGAACGAAAACUCAAACCAACAUCACACAACAAAUGAUUGAAUGGAAAAUAAAUGACACAACCAAUAAUAUGGAAAAAA